CCAUUUCGCAGCCAAACCCCUCUCCCUGCAAGGGAGAGAAGCGGAAGUGUCAAAGAGGCGGAAACGUUGAGUCACAGGCUCGGAGAAGGUUCUUUUUGAUUGGACACUACAUGGAACUUGGUGUAAUAUAAGAUGACGGAUCAACAGAACAACAACAGCAUCUCGGCAAAUCCUUUUGCUGCAUUGUUUGGGUCUGUUGCAGAAGCUCGUCAGUUUGCAGCUGGACAGAAGCAGCAGCUCAGCGAGCAAACAGAGGAUGCAGGCGAGAGUCUUGAUGAUUCUGACAAUAGUGUUUCAGAGAGCCUAGAUGACUGUGAUGAUUCUGUGGCAGAAAUAAGCCGAUCGUUUCGAUCUCAACAGGAGAUAUGUGAACAGCUGAACAUCAAUCAUAUGAUUCAGAGAAUCUUCCUUAUUACAUUGGAUAACAGUGAUCCCAGUACGAAAAGUGGUAAUGGAAUCCCUCUGCUCUGUGUGUACCUGGAAGAGUUGGGUUCUGAACUGGAUGGGCAGGAUUGGUUGGACAUGGACAAUAUUGAACAGGCUCUGUUUACUCGCCUUCUUCUGCCGGAGCCUGGAAAAUAUAUGAUAAGUAUGACGUCUUCCGGAGCACCAAACCUGUCUGCAGAGAGAGAUGCUGGAGAAAAACACAUCCUCCCCUUCCUGUUUUCCAGUUUCCAAAGAGCCAAGAAGGAGGUCACUAAGGUACCAGAGAAUCUCCUGCCAUAUGCAGUGCGUUGCAAGGCUCUGGCUAUUUCAAAUGCACGUACUCUUCUACUAACCCCAGAGAUCUAUCAGGGACAAGAUGUUCCAGCGCAGGUGAUAGACUUAAUGCUUGAGGAAUUACAAGGGGCAAACUUUGAUGAGGUGGUAGAAUUCUUAGAGGACGUUAUUGAGGCACUUUUGGCAGAUGAAGACGUACGCUCCUUCAGUGAAGUUUUCUUACCCGUGUUCGAUGUUAUUCUGGAACGUGUCAAAGAAUUGGAUUUAUGUCAGAUGCUUCUUUACAGCUAUCUCGACAUACUUUUAUACUGUACCAAGCAAAAAGACAUCGCAAAGGUUUUUGUGAAACACAUUCAGCCUCAAGAUAUAUCAAAUGGACAUCAAUACCAAAAGACUUUACUGGGUGAAAUUCUCAGCAUUUCCUGCUUGUUGCGUACCCCUGGUGUGGUAGAAAAUCAUGGAUAUUUUUUAAACCCAUCACGUUCCAGCUCACAGGAGAUAAAAGUCCAAGAAUCAAAUAUCCACCAGUUUAUGGCGCAGUUUCAUGAAAAGAUUCAUCAGCUUUUGAAGAACCUCCUUCAGUUAUCUGCAGAUACCAAGCACCAGAUCUUGUUAUGGCUAGGGAACUGUCUACAUGCCAAUGCUGGUCGUGGUAAAAUUUGGGCCAGCCAGGUCCCUGAGAUUUUCCUUCAGACCUAUGCUUCCGAUAGUUUCUUUUUAAACUUGGGCGCUGCCUUACUUCGCUUGUGCCAGCCGUUUUGUAAGCCAAAAUCUGCUCGCUUGCUGACAUUUAACUCAACGUACUGUGCAUUGCGGGAGAUUAGUGAAGAGGAACGAAGGACCUUUAAUGUCCACAUGAAGGGACUCAACAAAGAGACUUGUUUGAUUCCAACAGCCGAUGACCAGCAACCAGACUUUCCUCCGACCUUCAACUUAGUGACAGAAAACUUGGUGCUCACGCAGUACACGCUUCAUUUAGGCUUUCACAGGUUGCAUGAGCAAAUGGUAAAAGUGAACCAAAGCCUACACCGACUGCAAGGAGCAUGGAGAGAUGCCCAGCAGAAUGGCAGCCCUGGUGCCGAGAACCUAAGAGAACAGUUUGAGCGCCUUAUGACAAUUUAUUUGUGCUUGAAAGCAUCUCUAAGUGAACCCCAGACCCUACAGAACUGCCUCAAUCUACAAGUCUCUACUGCUGUCUUGCUGGUGCAAAUCGCAUUGGGUAAUCGAGGCACAGAACUGGUUCCACUCGCCUUUCCUCUGCAGGAUGUACAGCACAGUGCCCUGGCCUAUGUACCAGAGUUCUUUGCUGAUAAUCUUGGUGAUUUUUUCAUCUUCCUGAGACGGUUUGCAGAUGAAGUUUUGGAAACGGCGGCGGAAUCUUUAGAACAGAUACUGGACUUUAUUACUGUGUUCUUAGGGAAUAUUGAAAGAAUGAAAAAUCCUCACCUUCGUGCCAAGUUAGCAGAGGUACUGGAGGCUGUGAUGCCUCAUUUGGAGCAAACCCAGAAUCCAAUAAUCUCCAGUGUCUUCCACCGCCAGCGAAUCUUUUGCUCAUACCGGCAUGCACCACGCCUUGCAGAAGCGCUCAUAAAAGUGUUUGUUGAUAUAGAAUUUACAGGGGACCCCCAUCAGUUUGAGCAGAAGUUUAACUAUCGGAGGCCUAUGUACCCUAUUUUAAGAUAUAUGUGGGGACAGGACACAUAUCAGCAGAGUAUAAAGAAUCUAGCUGACUAUGCAGCAGAAAACCUUGAAGCUGUGAACCCACCACUGUUCCUGCGAUUUCUCAAUUUAUUGAUGAAUGAUGCUGUAUUCUUAUUGGAUGAGGCUAUUCAGUACCUGAGCAAAAUAAAAGUACUUCAAAUAGAAAGGGACCGGGGCGAAUGGGACAAUUUGAGCACCGAGAGCCGACGGGAGAAGGACUCCAAUCUGCUCAUGUUUGGGCAGUUAGCCAGGUUCCACAACAUCAUGUCAAAUGAAACCAUCGGGACCUUGGCAUUUCUUACAUCAGAUGUACGCUCGCUGUUUGCCCAGCCAUUUUUGGCAGAACGUAUUAUUUCUAUGCUUAACUACUUCCUCCAGCAUCUCGUGGGCCCUAAGAUGGGGGCUUUGAAAGUGAAAGAUUUUAGUGAAUUUGACUUCAAGCCACAGCAACUCGUUUCGGAUAUCUGCACCAUCUACUUGAACUUAAGUGACCAAGAGAAUUUCUGUGCCUCGGUACCCAAGGAUGGUCGCUCCUAUUCACCAAUACUAUUUGCUCAAACUGUGCGGGUCUUAAAGAAAAUAAACAAGCCGGGAAAUAUGAUCGUGGCAUUCACUAAUCUGGCUGAGAAGAUUAAAUCUUUAGCAGACAGACAACAGCGUGAUGAAGAGACCUUUGCUGAUGCACCUGAUGAGUUUCUUGAUCCUAUUAUGAGUACCGUGAUGUCAGAUCCGGUCAUUCUGCCAUCCUCCCGUGUCACUGUGGAUAGGUCAACCAUUGCACGGCAUCUACUAAGUGAUCAGACUGACCCGUUUAACCGAAGUCCUCUUACUAUGGAUCAGCUGAAACCAAAUACGGAGUUAAAGGAAAGGAUCUCGGAGUGGCUUGCAGAGCGCACACAACAGAGUGAGAACAUGGGACAUUAUUCAUCAUAGGAGGACUCACAGACUGAAAUGACCUGUAUAACAGAGUAUUUAUAGCCAGACCCCCACCGGAUACUCUGCUCUUCACAAGCAAAUUGAUGAACGAAGGAACUAUGAAAGACGCCGUGUCACGCACAUAUUUAACAUAUCCAUUUUUUUUUAACAUUUGAUUACUUGCUGCCAAAGAAGGAAGAGUUAAUACCUGCUCUCCAGCUAAUAUGUUUUGGGGCGUUGUAACAGAACUAGCAGUUAUACACAAUAAAAAAUCUGCACAUCUAUUUGCAAAGACAGUUCUUUAAGAAGACUGAUAAUAUAUAUUCAAAGCUGUGAUGUUCCCGAGAGAUUUCCUUUUACUUCAGCAGCACUGGCUACUGCACAGUUGGACACCUUCCGUGCUUUUUUGUUUUCCUUUGUUCAUUUGGAUUUCUGGAUUCCUUGUCGGAUCUCAUUGGCCCUUUUUGGUGUUAAGUUGGCAAGCUCCUAUAAUGGAAGUUACAAGUGCUGAAGUCUUUGGACUGAUACCUUUCUAUCGACCACAUCUAAAGGAUCUGGUAGAUUUGCUGAGAUCUUGGGAAACCUCUUGAUAACAUUUUGUAUAGGAAUUGAAGUUCAUCUCGUGGUACUUAUCUAGUUUACAACCUUUUAGGUCAUAGGUGGACUAAAUAAUUCAGAUUUCAGAAAUUCUCCAAUCAUCCUUAGAGUUAAGUUAACAUAUUUUUAGUAUAUCAUUUUUAAAAUGUCGUACACAAUAUAAUGUUUUUGUGUCACUAGGGAUGUGUCUUUGCUAUAUUUUAGGUAAAGAAAGCUGAUUCUGUGAAUUAGACAAAAAUUAGGUGGAGAGUAAUGUGUAAGUUAUCAAGCAGGAGAACAAAUGUCUCUAUAUAGGGGAGGUAGAUUCUAGCUGCUGAACUGUAAAUGUACAAUAAUUCAUGUUAAUAAUAAAUUGUAAAUCUGCA